AUGCUGCAAGAAACCCUGGCCGCGGCUCGCCAGAGAACAGAUGUGUUUGACAGUCACAGCCUCAUCGUGCAGAGCCGUCUCCGCUCCACAUCAAACAAGCCAAACGCUCAGGCGCUCGCGCUGACGAUCAAGGCGGCGGGCAGCAGCUCCACCGGCAUUGAUGGGGCAUCGAGCGACCCGGGCCCCAUUGUGCGCUCGCCAACCAAAGAAAAGAAGUCCCUCUUUACAGAUGCACUGCUGCUGCGCUCCGGCGGCGGCAACAAUAAGAGGCAGCAGGUGGGCAGUAGCGGCAGUGCAUCCAGCGAACUGGCUGCAAGCACAUCGUCUUCAUCAAUGAUGCUGGCGGCGGUCUCCGAGGACAGCGCCGGUGGUGGUGACGCCGCCUCGGCCAAUAGCCGCAAGGUAGUGGUCCCGUUCUGCGUGAGCAACUGGCAGAAUCGGAAGAAGCUCAUCGUUCCAGUGGAGCAGCGUCUUGCCCAGCAGCAGGAUGACCGACUGGACCCCGACGGCGGCAUGGGUGACGCCGUGAUGGACCUGGCGGUGGCAAUGCAGCAAGCAUCGAAGGAGGUGGCAGCGGAGCUGGCAGAGAAGGAGAGAGUGAAAGCAGAGGAGGAAGAGCGCCGGCAGGCCGCACUGGAGGCAGCGGAGGCGGAGAAGGCGCGUCAACUGCUCGAGCAGAAGGCGGCUGAGCUCGCCGCUCAUGCCCAGCGCAGGGAGACGCGGGAGCAGCGGAUGGAGCGCAUUCGCCUGGAGCGAGAGCUGCGAGAGCAAGAGAAGCUUGCGAAGCAGCAGCAACGACUGCGCGAGCGGGCCGCCACGAGGCUAAAUAUCACUGUAGAGGAUCUGGAGGCGGAUGAGCAGCUGUUACGAUCCGUGGAAGAGGCUUCUGUAUACUCCAAGAGCAGCGGCGGUGCUGCGGGCUCAGCCGACCCUACAGCGGCGCCAUUGUUCAAGGAAAAGCAAGGGGCACUCGGGGGAGUCGGCGGUCAAGCAACCGGCAAUGACGGCGAUGACGAUGGCGAUGGCACCGUGGGCGGUUACCGGAAGCCCGCCGUGCGCGGUGGCGUCUUCGCGAGUGCGGUAAUCAGUAACGAGGGCAUUCAACGUGAGAUGCAGGCACUCGCCGAAGCGGAAGGGCAGCAACCGCAGCAUCACGAUGGCAUUCGUCUGCGCGAGGACGACGAGGCGAGUGCCGGCGACGAUGACGACUAUGAUAGCAGCAGCUUCGAGCUCAACCAAUUUGUCAAGAAGAAGCAACGCUUAUGA